AGAGGAGGAGCUCCGCCACACGCUCCUCCGCGUAAACGGGAGGCUGUUAGACGCACUUGGAUUACCGGGCAGUCAACUGUCACCGCUCAUAACGGCUCCACACACCGGCGCUCACCGACACUGCGCGCGCCCCGCCGGUCGUUAAUUCAUCUCAUAAAAGACACUCAAACAUGGGCAAAGCUGCAGCACUAGGCGAAUUUGAUUGAUUUUAUUGUUUUUUUUUAAUCUCCCUGGAUGAAAGAAAAGUUGUUUCUUUCUUUACAGUUAUUUAUUUAUUUUUUUGUGACACUGAAUUAAAUAAGAGCGCAGUCGCACAGAGUCUCAGAGGACGGACAACACCGGGCUUCAUUAAACCUCUGCGUCUGGUUUUCGGGACUGCAGUUUCUUUAAAUCUCCUCAAGUAAGAUUUUCCUGUGAGAAGAAGAUAUGACGUUAGCAGGUUCCCUUUGGAUACUUUGGUUUCUGCUGGUGUACAGGACGGCAGCAGGCACCGAGCCAAUCCCAGACCCAUCAGUCAGAUCCGGACAGAGCAGAACAGAGGGACAAAAUGAACAGGCAACCAGUCCGGGUCAAUACAAAUGUCUGCAGCUGUCCAACAAAGACCACGGACGAAACAGAUCUGGCGUGUUCUGUGGACACAUGUGGGACGGUGCGUUGUGCUGGCGCAAAACACCAGCUGGAACAUCUGUAACACAGAACUGUCCGGAUCAUCCUGAACUGGACCCAAGUGAAAAAACAACCAAAUACUGUGAUGAAUCAGGUCAGUGGGUGGAGACUGGGUCCACUUGUCAACCAGCUUCAAAGGACAUAUUAAAGGAAGUCCCCCAGUUUUUAGCAGAUGCUGCUGGAGAGCCUGCCACAGAGGCCACCACGGCGAACCCAGAAGAGGGCGAAGAUCUGAGAAAGAUAAUGGAGGAGAACAAAAACAAAUGCCUCAAGAAAAUGAAACAAGAUCCACCUUAUAACAAAGCAGGGCUGUACUGCAGUCGUGAAUGGGACGGAUGGCUGUGCUGGGACGAUACUCCAGCUGGAACCCACGCCUCCCAAACCUGCCCGGACUAUUACUUCGACUUAGAGCCCACUGAAAAGGCAACUAAGUACUGUUCGGAGGAAGGAGAGUGGUUUCGCCAUCCCAAGUCCAACGGAACAUGGACAAACUAUACACACUGUGCAUCCUCGCAAGAGACGAAAACAGAGAAUCUCAAAAUACUUGAGAAUGAAUACAAAUGCCGACUGAAAAUGAACCAGGACCCGCCUUACAACAAAUCAGGGCUGUACUGCAGUCGUAACUGGGAUGGCUGGUUGUGCUGGGAUGACACUCCAGCCAGGACCUACGCCUCCCAGAGCUGCCCACGUUAUUACUUUGACUUAGAGCCAACAGAAAAGGCCACCAAGUACUGUGGAGAAGACGGACAAUGGUUUGUGCAUCCAAACAGCAGCACCACUUGGACCAAUUACACACUUUGUGGCAUCAACUUUAAAGACAAACUGAGGGCAGCUGCCCAGCUCUCCGGAGACAUCGAGGUGGAGUCGGCCGAGGCCACGGUCAGCCCUAUGGUCAUCCACAAAGAGGAUGACGCUGUGAGAAAGAGAAUCCUGGACAAUCAGUACAAAUGCUUUGAGAAAAUUAACCGAGACCCGCCUUACAACAAAUCAGGGCUUUACUGCAGUCGGAACUGGGACGGAUGGAUGUGCUGGGACGAUACUCCUGCUGGAACUUUAACCACCCAAAACUGCCCCAAUUACUUUGCUGACUUUGACCCAACAGAAAAGGCACUUAAGUACUGUGGGGAGGACGGGCAGUGGUUCCGUCACCCAGAUAACAACAGGACGUGGUCCAAUUACACACGCUGCAACGCAAACACCAACGCGAAGCUGAAGUCAGCAUACAUCCUGUUUUACAUGGCCAUUGUGGGUCAUGCUCUGUCCAUCGCCUCCCUGCUCAUCUCUCUGGCCAUCUUCUUCUACUUCAGGAGUCUGAGCUGCCAAAGGAUCACGCUCCACAAAAACCUCUUCUGCUCCUAUGUGCUGAAUUCUGCCCUCACCAUCAUGUACCUGGCGGGGGUGGUCAACGACCCCGAACUGGUGAGAAGAAACCCGGUGGGCUGUAAGGUGUUGCACUUCUUCCACAUGUACAUGUUUGGCUGUACCUAUUUCUGGAUGCUCUGCGAGGGCAUCUAUCUGCAUACGCUCAUCGUGGUGGCCGUGUUCGCAGAGGAACAGCAUCUGCACUGGUACUACCUCCUGGGCUGGGGGUUUCCUUUAGUGCCUGCAUCCAUCCAUGCCGUGGCGAGGAAGACGUACUUCGAUGACAACUGUUGGAUGAGUGCAGAGACCCAACUGCUCUACGCCAUCCACGGUCCUAUAGUGGCAGCGCUACUUGUGAAUCUCUUCUUUUUGCUCAACAUUAUAAGAGUGUUGGUGACCAAGCUGAGAGACACCCAUCGUGCUGAGUCCAACAUGUACAUGAAGGCGGUCAGAGCCACCCUGAUCCUGGUGCCUCUGCUGGGAAUACAGUUUGUCAUUCUUCCAUGGAGACCUGAGAACCGGCUGGCUGGAGAGGUCUAUGAAUACGUAAUGCACGUACUUAUGCACUACCAGGGUUUACUGGUAGCAACAAUAUUUUGCUUCUUCAAUGGAGAGGUGCAGGCAGCUCUGAAGAGACAGUGGAUGCAGUAUAAGAUGCAGUGGGGUCAGAGGAGAAAGGACCACUGCUCCAUGCGCUCCACGUCCUACACGGCCACGUCCAUCACAGAGGUCCCGGCCUUCAUGUACCACCACGACUGUAACAGCGAACACUUAAACGGACGCCACACGGACGACUCCGAACUGGUGGCGCUAAAAACAGGAGAGACGUACGCCUGAGCCGAGGAGGAUAAAGACGAAAAGCAACGGAGACGCGUCACGAGAAAAGACUCUGAAGCUGCUUUUCCCGCCAUAUCUCAGUGAUUAAACCUCAGAGGCGAACGCAGAACGAUAAUACGGGUCUGGAAAGAAAGAGCUCAUUGACAGAGAGACGGAUUAAGUGCAAGACGGACACUUUAUUGUACUUAAUGUUGCUGUUGCAGCUUCUUUACAAGAACGAUGAUGAUGUUAAGGAUGAAACGAGAGAUGAUUCCUUAAAGCUGCUAAACUGAGUGACGGAGGCUUGUGAUGAUGUAGACCAGGGGUGUCAAACUCAGUUUAGUUCAGGGGCCACAUUCAGCCCAGUAUGAUCUGAAGUGGGCUG